GCGAAGGAGGAGGAUCCCGUACCAGCUCUUUUUUCUCCCUGAGAGACUCGCUGCACAGACUCGCUCGCCCUUCUGGGUAGGGAGGGGAAGAACCCGAAGAUGGCGGUGACCGCGGCGGCAGCGACUGCCUCGGAACAGCAAAGCUCUAACGGUCCUGUGAAGAAAUCAAUGCGUGAGAAGGCUGUAGAGCGGAGGAAUAUUAACAAAGAGCACAACAGCAACUUCAAGGCUGGGUAUAUUCCAAUUGAUGAAGAUCGUCUGCACAAAACUGGUUUGCGAGGCAGGAAAGGCAAUUUGGCUAUUUGUGUGAUUGUUCUCCUUUUUAUUUUGGCUGUCAUCAAUUUGAUUAUCACGUUUAUCAUCUGGGCUGUGAUCCGUAUUGGGCCCAAUGGAUGCGACAGCAUGGAAUUUCAUGAUAGUGGCUUAUUGCGAUUUAAACAAGACUCGGAUAUGGGCAUUAUUCAUCCACUGUAUAAGAGCACAGUGGGAGGUCGGCGUAAUGAGGAUUUGGUGAUUGUUGGAGAAAACCAACCAAUUGUGUUUCAGCAAGGGGAAACAAGACUCAGCGUUGAAAAGAAUAAAACUUCAAUUACCAGUGAUAUUGGUAUGGAAUUUGUUGACCCGCGGACUCAGAACACUUUGUUCAGCACUGACUAUAAUACUCACGAAUUUCACUUGCCAAGUGGAGUAAAAAUUUUGAAUGUACUAAAAGCAUCUACUGAGAGGAUUACCAGCAACGCUACCAGCGAUCUAAAUAUAAAGGUUGAUGGGCGCGCUAUUGUCCGGGGAAAUGAAGGUGUUUUCAUCAUGGGCAAAACCAUUGAGUUUCUUAUGGGAGGCAACAUGGAAUUAAAAGCAGACAAGAGCAUCAUCCUUAACGGAAGUGUUAUGGUCAGCACAUCUAGACUGCCAAGUUCUUCUCACAAGGAACAAUUUAACAACGGUGACUGGGAGCGCUACAAGCUUUGCAUGUGUUCUGAUGGGACUCUAUUUCGUGUUCAAGUUAAGAGCCGCAACAUGGGUUGUCAAACCUCUGUCAACCCUUGUGGUAAUACAUAUUGAAGGCAAAGCAGACCACUGUGGAAAAAGAAGGAGCCAUCUAUUAAAGUUUAAAUAGUUGCAUGCUUGCAAGGAUGAUCGCUACCACCACAAAAACCAUUUGUGGAUGCAUUACAUGAAGCGUUUUUCAAACAGGACACUUCAUUUAAUGGUGUUAGAUUCGUAUCAAACAUGUUAAAAUAGGUGAUUUUCUACACGACUGCAGUAGUUUGGCACCAACAGCACUCCGUAGGUACAUAAGGAUGUUGCAGCACUGAGUUUAUUAAACCCAUUGCCAAAAGGCCUAAUGUGCCUAGUUUAUUAUUCUACAGGGAUCCUUUCCCCAAUUGUUCUGUUAGACCUUUCUCAGAAGAGAAAACUGAGCUUCCAUGCUCUCUCGGUCCUGAAUGAAUUCAAGUAGUUCUUUUGUAGUUUUGUGUGCACCUAAUUCUGAUAUCCAUUGAAAAAUGUGGUUUUAUGAAGCUCUUUCAACCCCGGGAUUAUGAUUAUAUGCUACCAAAUGUAAAAGGUUCAGAGUGGCUGGAGAUUGUACAUUUUCUUUUGCUUUGUUAUGUUCCUCUAUGGCUAUGCAGACAAAGACUCAGUCCUUGUUUUCCUAUCCUACUUUUCCAGCAUAAGCACUCUUUCUGAAAAUUAUUUGGCUUAUAAUGCAAAGAUGCACAGUUGAGCAUUAUUUGUGAAAAAUCAGAUUUGCCUGAACCGUGUUGCUUCAACUCAUUUGGAUUUGGUAGUUUAUAAUUCAAUUAGGAUAUAUUUCUCUAUAAAUGAAAUGGGUAUUUCAUUUAGUCAAAUUAUCCCUAAAGUUGACCUUUUUGUAUAAAAGAAGUAUUUAUCUGUUUCAAUGCAUUAGCUGUAUCCUAGCUUUCCAAUUUUUUUGCCUCUUCUGUAAGUUUGCCCUUUAAAAACCCUUUGCAGAGACCAAAGGAUGUUCUCUGGGGCAAAGGGAGCUUCAAGCACAAUUAUUUUUGAGACUGGCUAAAUUAGACUUACAAAAGAAGAACAAAAAUGAUAGAAAUGUCUACUCAGCUAUUAUUAUGAUUUUUAAAAUAGGGAAAAUUUAAAAAGCAUUUUGGAGAAUAAGUGGAAGUUUAAGGUAAGAGGAAGCUAAUCUUGAAAACACCUUGAGCUGUAUUUAUAUUGUACAGAAAAGAAAUUGUGAUCUGUAAAACUGAAUUAUUGAAUGCACUGUAACAUAAACUUUGAAUGUUUUAUAUCAAACUAGUCUACAAUCAUUAAAUGCAAAUUCAUUACCCUGUGACCAUUCAUGAAAACAAGAAACAUAGUUAAUAUUGGUAAUAUAAAUGCUUAUAUGAAGGGUACAAAAUUACAGCAUCUUGUAUUAAACCUUAAUACCUCCUCAUAAGCAAAUGUUUGAUACUAGGUUAACUUUGUCACAUUUAAAUUUUAAAGUAUUGGUUUUAGUAAUCUUGUUUUAAUAUAAAAUUGAUGUACCAGCUCUUUAUAUUGGGAUCAUGAUAUAGACUUGCUUUAUAGGGCCAUCGUAAGGAUUUAAAUAAUGUAUGUAAAGUGCUUCAAAUACUUAAGAUACACUAAAUAUUUAAGGUCCCAUCUCAUGCCUUUGCAAGCUUCCAACAGAAUUCACAAGAUAUGUAUGCUAACAUACGCUAAGGGUUUUGUUGCAUUUGAACUAAGUUGUCCUUGAUGUCUUUCCUUACUUGGAUGUUACAACAUCAAAUUCAGAUGUACUAGAAAUGGGAAGUGUGCAUAGAUGGGAGAUCAGAACUGCAAAAAACACUUAUCCUGUACAUUAAUACAAGAACAGAGUGACUGAUUUGCUUUGCCUCAGCUUCUAAUGCCUGUACUGUGAUUUUGCAAGUCCUUGAUGAUGCUGCCACUAGCCCUCCCUCCCCCCCCCCCACCUCUUAGGAUACCCAUUAAUGGAAUCUGGCUUUUAGUAAUGAAAAUGGAUGAUCAUUACAUUCGUCUGCUGUAGUCUAGUAAUAGCUGAAUGGGAAAGCAAACAAACUACUGCUCAUUUUAUUUUUGACUUUUGGCAGUUGUCCCUAAAUCAGCUUCUGUUUUAGAUGAGUUUAAAUAGAAAACGUUCUGUGCUGGCAGAGGAUUUUUGAGUUCUCAGUAAAUAUCUCAAAAUCAGUGAAGUAUCUUGCUCUUAGAAUAUCUAAAGUAAUAUUUUAAAAACAAAAGUGUAACUAAAUGAAUGUACACAGGUCAAGAUCCUGAUAGCUGCAGGCACCUAAAGAAUGUGCACCUAAUCAAUUUUUAUUUCCCAUUCUAGUCACCUUUAAUUCAUCAGAUGUUAUGAAGGGUAGUGCAGACCCUUGUAUGGAGUAACUUUGGGAGAAGGCAUGGAUAGGAAGGGAUUACAUCUGGACUGCUGAUGUAUAUGCAGACUUCUAAAAAAUACAGUUGGGAACUAUCAGGAAGCAAACCCAUUUAUAAGAAGCAUUUGGUUCGGAGUAUCCGAACAGCCAAUACAGUAUUGGCACUGUAUCCACAAAGGAUACAGUGAAAAUCAAUUUGCUACCAAACUUACGAUUUUGACCGUAUUAUCAACCCAGUCACCUGCAGGCACUAUGUGACAAAACUAAAAUUUUAAGAAUUUUUCUACAGAAAGCUAAAAGGCAAAUUAAACAAUAGCAAUGAAGGAGUUAGAACGGAAUACUCCAAAGUAAUGCUACUACUGUGAUGCUGUUACAGUUUAUUUACACAUGUGUCACUAACAGAUUUAUACCAAAAGAAACACCACUUUGAUUUUAACUAGCUGUGUUUUGUGUGUGUGUGUGUGUGUAAGAGAAAUUUUUUAACAUAUUUAUGCCUUAGACUUUAAUGCGCUGUGUACAAAUGGCAUACUCUGCUUUUUAAAGUGGUUUGGAUGUCUAACAGGUGCCAAGGAAAACUUUCUUGUAUGCAUUUGUAAAACUUUCCUUCACAAUAAACUAUAUAAAAUGA